UUCUUCCGCCUCCGGUCUCUGGAUCUUUUGUAGAGUGUCCAACAGCGCUAUGUUGGGACAGAGCAUCCGGAGGUUCACAAGCUCAGUGGUUCGUCGGAGCCACUAUGAGGAGGGUCCAGGGAAGAAUAUACCAUUUUCAGUGGAAAACAAGUGGAGAUUACUAGCUCUGAUGACUUUGUUCUUUGGGUCUGGAUUUGCUGCACCUUUCUUUAUAGUAAGACACCAACUGCUUAAAAAGUAAUCCAUGAGACAGAUAGGAAGAGGAGCAUAUUAAGAGGUGCAGUCUCUUAAAAGGAUCAAUCCCUUGAAUUCAGCAUCCUAGAUAUGUCUGUAAAUAAACUUAUAGCAUAAA